AAGAAAGUUAAUAUUUCUGAGAAUACUCCAGCACUAUAUAGAUCCAUUCAUUCAAGACUUUUAAACGUAUAUCAGAGUGUUAACGAAGAUUCAUCAAAAGCAGCCGGGAUGAAAAAUUCAGAUUUAGAUAACAAAAAGAGUAAGCUCGUAACUGAUUUAACUACUGAGGAUUUUCAUAUAGACAAACAUACAAGAGUAGAAGACGAGAAAGAUGAUUUCAUCGAGUAUGUUGAUGAACGUACAAAUGAUCGUGAAAAGAAA